AUGUUUGUUUCCACAGAUGCGGAGGAAAGGCAAGAGGUAGAGGAGGCGCCUUCCGGGGAGACGCACGGGGCGGACGCCAAGCCGAAGAUCCUUCUCAUGGGCCCCAAGAGAUCCGGCAAAUCUUCGAUCCAGCGAGUGGUGUUCCAGAAGAUGUCUGCCCACGAGACCAUGUUCCUCGGCAAUACUCAAAGCCUGGACAUCAAGUACGUGGCCAACAACGACUACGUACAGUUCCAGAUCUGGGAUUUUCCGGGAGACUACGACCCCGCCAACGACAAGUUGAUGUACAACGGUGAGAUGGUGGAGGCAACGUCCAUCUUCACGGGGGUGGCGGUCCUGGUCCUGAUUGUCGACGCACAGGAGGACCCAAUCGACGAGCAAUUAGGCGGUCUGGUGAGCGUCGUCAAGAACGCCUGCCUUGUCAACUCCAAGCUGGCUGUCGAAAUCUUCAUACACAAGAUUGACGGAGACCUUUACUUGACGGACGAGCCCAAGGAGGAGUGUCUGCGAAACGUCCAGAGCUACAUCAACGCGGCCUUGUCGUGGAGCAACACCGACAUUAGGCUGCGAUACCACCUCACCAGCAUCUACGAUCACAGCAUUUUCGACGGUCUCAGCAAGGUCGUGCAACUCCUCAUCCCGCAGCUGCCCACGCUGGAGAACAUGCUCAACGCCCUCAUCUCAAACUGCAUGAUGGAAAAGUCGUUCCUGUUCGACGUGUACUCGAGGGUGUACAUCGCAACCGACUUCAACCCCGUCCACAUGGCCACGUAUGAGCUUUGCUGCGACAUGAUCGACGUGGCGAUCGACGUGUCGUGCAUCUACGGCGCAAGCGACGAGGAGGGCAAAGAACCGUACGACGAUCAUUCCGCGAGCAUUUUCAGACUGAGCAACGGGACAGUCCUCUACUUGCGCCAAGUGGGAAGCUACUUAGCGCUGGUGUGCCUGAUGCAAGCAGACCACUUCAACGAUAAAGAGGGUCUGAUCGAGUACAACGUUAAUUGCUUCAAGGAGACCUUGGAAGAGGUAUUCCGACCUCUUCCAAUGCCCAGGCCGCGAAGAAAGGGUGCGCGCUCAUCAGCCGCAGGGGCCCCGGGGUCAGGGCGACCAUGAUGACAUGAUGACGUACGGCCGUCGAGUCUUGUUCCUGCUCUGUGUAAACCCUUCCAACCGAAACGUGCGUUUGGACGUUCGCGGUCUUUUUUUUUGGUGUGGUGGUGCAUUUAUUUUUAUGUCAUGUUUUCUGUGUUCUUUUGCUCUGUUGAAACUCUUUCGCUGCAAAAUACUUUGUAUGUGUCAGGGAAAUUAUAGCCUUCUCGGACCACAAGGGCCGCCGCCGUACGUCGGUUUGCGCCACAACAGCGCCCCUCACGGACUGCUGCCGUUUUGUGUGAGACAGAGGCAUUCAUUCGGAUGUUACGUUACGUUGCGUUUUUUUUUUUUUCUGGAAACUGUCGUCUUCUCCCGAUAACGGCGCGAACGGGUCUCCCUGUCUUGUACCAUGCUGUGUCGUGUGUUUUUGGUGUGUCUUUGAAAUGAAUGGUAGGUCGAUCGUAUUUGGUCUAAAUUUACCGAUUUGUGCUUCGUAGGGCUUGUGCUGCGGCGAGGACUCCAAGCAAGUACCGUAGAUGCCGUUGAUGGUGGAAGACCACCCAUCCCCCCGGCCCCCUGAGCCACUCCCUCUACAGUAGGUCGAUCGACCCUGGUCAGUGAUGCCGGGCUUAUCCUCUCUUCUCGCUUGAGCUUUGCUGUUUUGUAGCUCGACGUUGCUCCUCUCGGCGGGGACUUGGCGGGUUUUGCGCGCGGUGGCGGUGGGGGGGGGCGUACUCUCAU